CCGUCGCAUCACAAAUGGUGGCCGCUGGCCAUCGAGCCAUCUCGCCACCGACCCCGGCCCCUUCGCCACAGCCCGAGCUUCGCUUCCUCCGCCUCGCCGGCAGUGCAGCAGUCGACGAGCUGAGCAAGGAUCAGUCGGAUAAUCCCCAGACGCAGACGCUCUCCAAGCACCUCACCGACUCGUUCCCUCACCUUGACGGGCGGUCGCGCCUCGCCUUUCUCACACAUCUCAUCGACUACUGCACCCCUCGCGAGCUUGCCCAUCUCUCGUCCCUCAUCUCACCCCGUCUCAAAGUCGACUUUCUCGCCGCUCUUCCCAUCGAGGUGUCUCUGCACAUCAUUUCCUUCCUCGAUGACCCCAAGACCCUUGCGAGGGCCUCUGCCGUGUCUCGCUUCUGGCGCAGCCUCGUCAAUGAUGAGCAGACGUGGAAGGUCAUGUGUCUCAAAUACCGAUAUCGCGAUUAUGCAGGUCGCCUGAUCACCCACCACUCGCCUUCGCUCUCCUCUUCGGCCGCCGCCGCCGCUGCUCUGGGUCUCGACACACCCGAUCAGAGCUUUGAAAGGGCCACGGGCAGGGUGGACCAGCGAAGCAGGAGGAGAAGACGAAGGAGCAGCGCCAGCAGCACCACGAGCUCUGCGACGGCGAGCACAGGGACCAGUAUCCACUCCGACGAAGAUGUACCCCACCGCAAUAACGAAGACGGCCACGGCAAUGGUGCCGCCGCCGCCGCCAUCAUGUCAUCUACGAUGUCAACAUUGCCUUGCAGCAACGCUUCGAUCCCCAAGUCGGUUCUGGAGCGCCUUUUGGACUCGUACAUGGCUCGCGGUCUCGAUGCACCCUCUGCAUUGUCGGAACUGCGCACAUUGCACGAGCUCUUUCUCUCCAAGCGUGCAAGGCAGGUCGACGUCGAGGAGAGGCGACGACAGCUCCACGCUCUUCAGACGGGCUCUUCUACCGGCUUGCUCCAAGCUCCUCUGCCACGCAUCGAGGCGACGAGCAUGAGCGACGAGGACAGAAGGUUCUACGAAGAGCUCGAGGCUGCCGUCACAGAAGGUCGCACCACCUUGGGUCUCGAUCAAGCCGACACCACUACCGACGAGGGCAGCUAUCGUCCCUCCGUCUCGCCUUUGAAUGAGGCUGGGGCGAACAGUGCGUCAUCGACGGCGACGACGACGGCCGCGGGCUGGCUCAGCUCGACAAAGACGCCAAAGACGCCUUCGGCUCCGAGGAUCGGCGGCGAGGACAGACCGCCUCCCCUGGGGUCCGUCUCAUCUCCGAGAUCCAAUGCAGCCCCAAGCUCCAUCAUCUCGCCCACUGGCAGGCUUGGAAAUGUCACGAGCGGGCUCUUGCAUUCACUGUGGGACCGUGGUGCGCCUCGUACGAUGACCAAGCAAGAUGAUGGCGACGAUGACGAGAGCAUGGACGUCGACGACGAGACCGGCGUUGAUUCGUCAUUUGCCACUGCUCAUUCCUCCGUCGAAGCCCAGUACUCCCAUGGCGGGCAUCAACAUCAGCAGCCUCUCUCGCAACACCACGGUGGAGCAAAGAGGGCAGGCAAGGCGCGGGCCCACCAAGAAAGCAGCGGUGGCGGCAGCAGCAACAGCAACAGCAGCAACAGCAGCAGUGGUGGCGGUGGCAGUCGAGGAGCGGGAGAGAGUAGAUCUCUGCCUAUGCGAAGCUCGAGGAGAAAUCGCCCACGCAAUUUGCAAACCUCGUCUUCCCUCCGGUCACAUGUCGCAUCCCCUGGUCAGCAAUUGGAAGGGUCCUCUUCAUCUUCGACACCCACUCUCGACUCUCUGGGCAUUGGUCGACCCUCCACGGGCCUCUACUCCGGCCAGCGACAGGCCAGGGCUGUCACUCUCGCCGAAAGUCACCUGAUGGAGUCCUCAUCGAGCAGCAUGGACCUCGACGCCUUUGGCUUUACUUUGGCUGCGUCGACUGGUCCUUCGGGCGCAUCGAAACGAGCGGCUUCUGCCACUUACGCAAGACCAUAUGGUCCGUCAUCCACCUCUACCAUCAAUCGCAGGCGAGGAACUCCGAGAAAGCCAUUUAGCUACAAGACGCAUUUCAAGCUGGCCUACAUGACGGAGAACAAUUGGCUGCGUGGAGGCCGCCUCUUGACGCAGCACGUCUCUUCUGAUGCUGCUGCUGACGCAGGUUCCGUCGUGACCAGCCUCUCCAUCGACGAUGAAUGGAUCGUUGUAGGCAUGGCUAACGCCAAGAUCCACGUUUUCGAUGUUCGAACCGGUCUCUUUGUCCGCACGCUCGAGGGUCACUCUUCAGGCAUAUGGUGCCUAAGUCUCAUCAGCGCUUGCAAGCCCCGUCAGCCUUUGGCCCAGCCACAGGCGCCCCAGAGCCCAACCUCGAAUGGCGGCGCUCACGGCGGCGGUGGUGGUGCUUCCUCUACAGCUGCACACGAAGGACCUAGCACUGGCUCUGUCUCGAGCCCUUGCAACAGCCAGCGUCCCCUCUACAACCCCACGCCUGAUCUCAACCUGAUCCACCACGAUCCUCGUCCCACUGCCAGUGCCUUUUCCCCCGAGGUUGCCUUUGUCAGCCUACCGGACAGCCUACCGCAGGACGAGACGCAUGGGAUGCCUCGCUCCCGCAGCACACUCGGCCUCGAGACGGACAGCAAGAGACAGCAACACUCGUCGUCCUCGUCGCAAUCCUUCUCGAUGCACCUUGGACGAGGCACUGGCGACUUUGAUUCUUCGCCCCCCAAUUUCACCAACUGGGAUCAAGAGCAAAAUAGUGGCGACGAUGCCAAGCCCAAGACCAACAAAAGCCGCGGAGCUGGCCUUGGCAGCAAUUUUGGAAGUCCCUGUGGCAGCGUUAGCGGCUUUGGCAACGAGGGCGCUAUCGUCGUCAGUGGGGGCUGCGAUCGCGAUGUUCGCGUGUGGGACCUCACCACGGGCAAGUGCCUUCACGUCCUUCGUGGUCAUAAUUCUACAGUGCGAUGUCUCCGAGUCCUGGAAGGUCGACCCCUAGCUAUCUCCGGAUCGAGGGACAGCACGGUGCGCGUUUGGAACAUCGAGACGGGCCAGCUAGUCCACCUGCUCUCAGGACAUCUUCAUUCUGUUCGUUGUCUGGAUGUGGCCGGCAACAAGGUUGUCAGCGCCAGCUACGAUGCCACAUGCCGCAUCUGGGACAUCGAUACAGGCGAGUGCCUCCAUGUCCUGCGCGGACACUAUCAUCAAAUCUACGCAAUCGCCUUUGAUGGCGUUCACGUUGCCACAGGCAGCCUCGAUUCGACGGCCCGCGUGUGGAACGCGGAGACUGGCGAAUGUCUCGUCGUGUUCCAAGGUCAUACCUCGCUGGUGGGCCAGCUACAGCUGAGUGACAACAUUCUCAUCACUGGAGGUUCCGACGGAAAGAUUAUGGUUUUCUCGCUCGAUACAUUCACGACGGUCCACCAGCUCCUGGCUCACGAGAAUAGCGUCACUUGCCUUCAGUUCGACGAUCGCUUUAUCGUCACCGGCGGCAACGACGGUCGCGUGAAGCUGUGGGACUUCAGGACAGGAGAAUUUAUCAGAGAGCUCUCGGAGCCCGGCGAGCAAGUCUGGAAGGUCUCGUUCAGAGACGACAAGUGCGUGGUUCUCUGUCGGCGAAACGACCGGACAGCCAUGGACGUCAUAUCAUUCCGCCCAAUCGAAGAACCCUCUUCUUGAUUGGGUCUGCUCAUAAAGCUUUCGUAAAGACAUCUCGGGUCGAUUUCAUUCCACCACUACCACUCCUUCUGCUUGCAACCAUGGCAGCUCCAUCUAUCAAUCAUCGUAGUCAUCUGUCCGAUAAUAGAAUCCCAAUGUUUGUUUGUUCACCCAUUCACAGCUUACAUUGCUCAUGAAGACGAGGUAGUACAUGACGAAAGCCUAACGUACACGAUCAGAGCUCCUCUGCUUGUCCCUUUGGAAUUGUGACAUUCUUGAU